ACACACUUGAUGGGAGGAGCUGAAGAACAGAUCCAGAAUAUCAGUAUGAACUGAUGAAGGAAGAAGACACAGACACACAGGAAUUAAGAGAGAAACAGACACAACUAGAAAAUGGAGCAAAAAACAUUUAUCACUCUUAUUCUCUCAGCUGUCUUCAGUUCAUCUGCAUGUGUUCCACGUCAGUAUCACUUUGUGAAUCAGAAACUGACCUGGACUGAAGCUCAGAGAAACUGCAGAGAGGAUUACACAGAUCUGGCCACCAUCGACAAUAUGAAUGACAUAGAAGAGCUGCUGAAGAGUGUGAAUGAUGAUCAGAUUCAGUAUGUCUGGAUUGGACUGCAGAAGACAGACAGUGAUAAAUGGAAAUGGUCUCUGGGUGACCCUGCGUUCUACACAGGAAAUAAUUCUCAAUAUCGUAACUGGGCACUGGGACAACCGAAUGAUAAUGUUGACUGUAGUAACAUGAAUCCUGGACAAUGGAAUGAUUAUUCUUGUGCUAACAUCUUACAGUUCAUAUGUUACAAUGACAGCAGUAAAGGAUACAUCCCUGAACAACAGAAAAUGACCUGGAGAGAUGCUCAGAGUUACUGCAGAAAGUAUCACACAGAUCUGGUCAGUGUGAGGAACCAGACUGAGAAUCAACAGAUUGAGAAGAUAAGGAUUAAUGCAUUCGGUGCAUCUGGAGUCUGGAUCGGUCUGUUCAGAGACACAUGGGAGUGGUCAGAUCAGAGUGACUCCUCAUUCAGAAACUGGAGGCCAAACAUACCUGAUAAUGUUGGGGGGAAUGAAAACUGUGCAGUGGUUGGGGUCAAGACAGACCGUGGACAAUGGGAAGACUGGAAGUGUGAUAUAAAAACUCAGUUUGUCUGUCAUGACGAUAAACUGGUUUUGGUUCAACAGAAUCUUAGUUGGACAGAAGCUCUGAAAUACUGCCAAGAGAAUCAUGUGGAUCUGGUGUCAGUUAACUCUGAACAGAUUCAGUAUCGUGUGAUGAAUGUGGCUAGAAAAGCCUCCACUGCUGAAGUGUGGUUGGGUCUACGUCACUCCUGCACUCUGGGCAUCUGGUUUUGGGUGAAUGGAGAGAUCUUGUGUUAUCAGAACUGGGCUGCAGGUCACGGGACAGGAGUGGAAGACUGCAGUGAUACUGUGAGAGUUGGAGCAGUUCAGUCUGGAGGAGAUCAGCGCUGGGUCAGCCUUCCUCAAACUGACAAACUCAAUUUCAUCUGCACCAACCAUGAUGAGUGAUUGUGUGUCUUUGGGUGUGUUUGUUGGAGUCUGUGUGUCAGGGGAGGAGGUCAAAUCAUUUGUGUUUAAAUAUAUUUACUAAUAAAUAUAGUUAUAAAUUAUUUAUAUUUAUAAAUGAUCUCAUUCAUGUUUCAAAUCUAUUGUCUAUUUUUUCUUUUUUGUACAAAGACUGAAUCAAUUGUUGUCCUUCAUCUCUACCACUAUCAUAACUAACAUUUUAAGGAGUUUUGGGUUCCUUGCCACAGUCACCUUUAGCUUGCUUACUGGAGCCUAUAGACACAUAGUCUUUAAAGCAUGACUUUCACUGUAUUUUUCAAUGAAACUGCUCAAUAAGGACUUUACAGAUGAUUUUAUGUAAAGCUGCUUUGUAACAAUGUGCAUUUUGAAAAGCGCUAUACAAAUAAAAAUGACUUGACUAUUAUUAAUAUAUUAGGGCUGUUCGAUUCCAGAAAUUUUGAUUCACACUUAUCUUUUCGAUGCUUUAAAAAAGAAAAGAAAAAAAAAAGGAGGUUAAAUCUAAUAAUGAACAGCUAAUUACAAAGCAUUCUUUGCACUUUUUAAGAUAGCAUAAGUGACUUUUAUUUUUAAUAGGUCUGUUUUUAAAAAUAAAAAUGGGCCAAGAUGCAUGGGAUAGAAUUGAGGAAGGUUUGAGCAGUUGCAUCUGUAUUUCAAAGAACUACUGCAAAUAAUGUUUAAAACACAAUUUAACCUACAUAGAAAUUAUCACCACUUAUUAGUUGUUCUUUUUAUAAAAACGUUUAUAUUAGUAUGUAUCUGUCCACUACCUUUUGUACACUGAAUAAAAUGUCCAAAUAAUACACUUUUUAUUUAAAAAUCCAGGAUUUUGUACUGGUUUAUUUCAUCCCAUAUAAAAAUAUUUUUCAUAACGUGUAUUAUUAUUGAUUUUAUUUUUUUUAUUCGAUUUCGUGGAAUAACUUAAAUGUAUUUAAAACAUACUGUAAAAUGUUGAAAAUGAGAAGAGAAGCGUUAGACUCAAUUUUAUUAGUGAUCAUUUAAACUUUAUCCUACCGAUUUUUGAUGUGAACUUUGAAGCUUACUCACUGUUACUUGAUCCUCCUCUGUCACCUCCUCUGGUGUUGUAACAUCGGGAAGUUGCUAUUUUAUGCCAGUUUCCUUUCAAAAGUUUGCCUUUUUGAUUACACUUGAUUAUAACUUUAAUCCAAAGUAAAAUAUCAAGUCAAGGUGAUGAUAGUUUAGCUGCAGUCAUUUUACAAUCCUUUUGUAAACUGAAUCAGCACUUUUAAGGCUUCUGGAAUGUGUAGUAGUUCAUUGGCUGAGGAAAUAAACACAGUCCGGACAUAUCAGUAGAUUUCCCCGAGAGGAAUCAGGAGUCGAUUCCUAGGUUUCGAGUCGAUUCUUGAUUCACAACGCCUCGGAAUCGAUUCUUUCAUUUGCCCUAGUAUUCGUUCAUUUGUGUAUCAUUAGUGCAUUUGUUCAUUCAUUUCUAUUCGCUUGUGUGUUUGCAUUAUGUGUAGGUUUGGAGAGAAUGUGAACAUUAUCAAUGAAGCCUUUUUGUGCAGAAAAAUAAUUAUGAAGAAGAAUCCAGCAGAAUACAGAUUUCUGUAUUGAUGGAGACUUACUUUUCUCCCAGUUUUCUAUUCAUUUUUCUUGUAUAUAUAUUUCAAUACAGGGUAUUUUGUGUCUUGAGCAUGUUUGAAAUGUGUGUUAAUAAAUAUCUU